AUGUCGUCAGAAUCGGAAAACAACGUCCCUGACGAAGUUGCCAUUCCGAACGGAGACAUAAUUCUCGUCGUCGGUCAAGAAAAAUUGCGAAUUCAAGUCUCUUCCCAGUUCCUGACCCUGGCGUCUCCGGUAUUUGACGCCAUGUUGAACCUCACGUUCUCAGAGGGAAUCAAGCUCCACGAGAGCAAUGAGUUGCUAGUUGACAUCAAACUGCCAGAGGAUGAUGGGCUGGCGACUGCCCAGGCCUUAAAAACUAUAUAUGGUCAGACCCAAGCAUGUUAUUCCUCGACCCCGAUGAGAUCCAGAAAGUCUCCAUUCUGGCAGACAACCAACCUCGACCAAGCUUGGAAGCUGAUGACGGCCUCAUAUUGGCUCAACCUUGAAGAUUCGUUUCGAACCAUGAGCGAACACGUCGUGGUUAAAAUGAACCACGCACAAAUCUUUCGUCUGGCGCAACAGACUCACGAUGUCGGCCUAGGCCUAAAGCUAGGCAUGGCUCUCCUUCUUUUGCACCAUGCACUCUCGCAGCACAUAGCACAUCCAAAGGGAGGGCAAUGCCUAUGCUGCUUCAAAAUCACGGCAGACGAUCCCGUGGGCAUGCAGCCAGGUUGCCCCAAUCCAUCCAACCACCUGUCUGGUUGA